CAAACAUUAGGUGACUUCCGAUUAGGAAUCAGUAGAAACAGGAUUUGUUUGAGGUGAGAAAGUUUUUCACAGCUGCAGACUGAGCGUUAGAAUGCCUGAAUCAAGUUUGAGAGACUGUCAGGCGUGGAAAGACGAGGCUCUCCCACUGUCCACCAGCAGUAACGAGGCGUGCAAACUGUAUGACGCCAUACUCACACAGUAUGUGAAAUGGAAAAAUGACGACACAGUGGGAGGAAUCGAAGGAUGCAUUUCUGCCAUCCAGAUGGCAGACCCCAACUUUGUUAUGGGUCAUGUGAUCAGUACCGGGCUGGACCUGGUGGCCACAACUAGCAGCCCCCGGCUGGAUGAGCGUCUGGCCAGCGCUGUGAAGCGAACGGUGGAGCUCGCCAACAGCCAGGAUAUCUCUCCCCGAGAGAAGCUCCACGUCAAAGCUGUGGAGCUCUUCUCACAUGGGAAUUAUCCCAAAGCCUGUGAAGUAUGGGAAGAAAUUCUGCUUGACCACCCCACUGACAUGCUGGCUCUGAAGUUUGCCCAUGAUACCUACUUCUACAUGGGGGCCCAACUGCCGAUGAGGGACUCUGUGGCCAGGGUGCUGCCCCAUUGGAAACCUCACAUGCCUUUGUUCAGCUACCUGAAAGGACAAUAUUCCUUUGGCCUCCUGGAGACUCGGUACUAUGACCAGGCUUUGGAAGUGGCCAUGGAAGGCCUCGCCUUAACCCCCGAUGAUGCUUGGUCCGUCCACUCUGUAGCCCACGUUUAUGAGAUGAAGGCAGAGGUGGACAAAGGCUUGAACUUCAUGGAGAGCAGAGAGAAAGACUGGCAGGGAUGUGACAUGCUGGCCAGUCACAACUAUUGGCACUGGGCUUUAUACUUCAUUGAGAGGGAGCAAUACGAAGCUGCUCUACAAAUAUACGACUCCCAGGUAUUUAAACGCAGUAAAGCCUCAGGUGCCAUGCUCGACAUUGUAGAUGCUUGUUCAAUGCUCUGCAGACUGGAGAUGGAAGGUGUGUGUGUGAAGGACCGCUGGCGGGAGCUGCUCCAGAUAACCCAGCCUCACACUGACGAUCAUGUCACAUUGUUCAAUGACCUCCAUUUCCUCAUGGUGUCGCUGGGAGCCAACGAGCCCGGGGCCAGUCAGCGCCUGCUGGAGGGCCUCCAGGAAUUGGCCAAGGAACCGGGCGACAAUCAGCAGCAUCAGCUGGCUAGGACCGUAGGCAUACCAAUGUGUCAAGCUAUGAUGGAGUACAACCAGGGCAACUACAGCCAAGCCGUGGCACUGUUGUACCCUUUACGUUACCGCAUGGUGGACAUUGGUGGCAGCGAUGCACAGAGAGAUCUGUUCAAUCAACUCCUUAUUCACGCAGCCAUGAAGUCUGAGAAUAAGCAGCAUCAAAAAUUGGGAAGGUGUCUGGUGGUGGAGCGUGAUGCUGUGAGGCCCAACUGUCCUCUGACCCAUCGUCUGAUGCAGAAAGCUCUUGCUCUUCACGACUAGAGUGAUUGCAGCGUGCGCGGGCGGGUCCCAGAUGAAAAUACCUCUAUAAUCUGAUCUUCUGUUUGGAUUUAGGAGACAUUUAACCCACAGGAAGGAACUUGACACAGAUGGUCAUGUAGCACCUUUACAUUCCUUAGUUGCUCGAAGUAUAAGGUUCUGUGUUGAAUGUGAAAUUGUCAAGAUAAUUGUUUGAAAAAUCUGUCAAGAAUAGUUUGCAGUAAGUAGGAUUAUGCACAUUUAUUAACAAAUGUAUAACUUUUCACUAUACAUGUUACUAUUGGUAAAAAGAAGACAUCAAUAAAUAUACAAUUUGCACUAUG